AUGUCACGAAACGCGGCAGCUUCUGUCCUUCGACGGGCUCUGCUCUAUGUACCAUCAUCAUCGCCCAAAUUCUUAGAGAAGUCCCGAGGAUUAAAAGUCGAUACUGUCGCGUAUGACCUAGAGGACUCGGUGACGUUGGGGAAUAAGGAGAUGGCAAGGAAGAAUAUAGUGGAUUUUCUUAGAGGUGAAAGACCAAAAGAUGUGGGAGAAAUAGCUGUACGGAUCAACUCAGUCUCAUCAGGCCUCGCCCUCCAAGAUCUCACCCAAGUCCUUAAAAGUCAACACCUAGACACUCUCGUAAUACCCAAAGUAAAUUCACCCUCCGACCUCCACUUCAUAAACGAUAUUCUUCGUCAUACCCUCCCAUCGCGACACCCAUCCACUCCAACAACCUCUUCGAACCCAGUAAAAAUUCUCGCCCUCGUAGAAUCAGCUCAAUCACUCAUCAAUCUCUCCUCAAUUUGUCAAGCAUCUCCCUACCUACAUGGCCUAAUAUUCGCCGCCGAGGACUUCUCCCUAGAUUUAAGUAUCACGCGAACACCCAGUUUAGACGAAUUUCUGUAUGCAAGAAGUCACAUAGCAACCUGCGCACGCGCAUUCAAUAUCCCAUCCACCAUCGACCUGGUAUGUACAUCAUAUCGGGGAAGUGAGGGACAAACACGAUUAGAAGAAGAAUCACUUCAAGGAAAAGGCCUCGGAUUUAACGGAAAACAAUGUAUACAUCCCUCCCAAGUGGACAUUGUUCAGAAAGCAUUUGCGCCCGGGAAGGAAGAAGUAGAGUGGAGUAUGAGAGUAGUGAUUGCGGAUGAGAAGGCUGAGAAGAAGGGAAAAGGGGCGUGGACGCUGGAUAAUAAAAUGAUAGAUGCGCCGGUGACGGGGAAGGCAAGGCAGGUGGUUAAAAGAGCCGAAUUGUGUGGGUUUGACGUUGAGGCUAUGAGGGAGAAGUGGCAGGAUCAGGAGCCAGAGUAA